UGGUUUUUCCUGUCGGAGUUACCCGCCCCGGAGUAAUCGAACGGCUUCACAAUGUUGAUAAAACUAGAUCAAGUCACGGGUGGGACGGAUCGACGGUCACUUGUAGUAGCCUGAAACAGAUAGUCUCUGACUACAUAACGCAGUUUAGUGACAAUGUUUACAUGGCUGAUCUUCCUUGCUGUUUUGUUAAUAGUUCUUCGAUAUCGAUUUCCAUAUUUUCUGAAAGAUGUACAGUACGGCGUUCAGAUGACACUAGUUGGGUAUCGUUUAUCUAAAUACGCACAGUCAAAACCGUACUUUACACUAUUGGAUCGCUUUUUGGAAACGGUGAGUAAGCACCCUAACAAGACGUUUAUUUCUUUCAAAAAUGAAACUUUCUCCUACCAAGAGACUGACAGGCAGAGCAACCGGAUCGCCCGAGCCCUCCGGGAACAUGCUGGUGUAAAGGAGGGCGAGACAGUCGCGCUACUCCUGGGCAAUGAGCCCGUGUUCCUGUGGACGUGGUUGGGUCUAACGAAGCUCGGCUGCUCUGCCGCCCUUCUUAAUCACAACCUGAGGUCCAGAUCUCUUCUGCACUGUUUCUCCUGUUGUGGGGCCAAAGUGCUGCUUGCAGCUGCAGAGUUCAGAGAUGCUGUGGAGGAGGUGCUGCCCGCGCUGAGAGAGCAAGAGGUCACGGUCUUUCUCCUCACCGAGACGUGUGACACUGUCGGCAUGGAAACCUUCUCCGACAAGAUCCGCCUGGCUUCAGAUGCCCCCCUGCCCUCCGACCUCAGGGCAGGUUUGACCCUCUCCAGCCCCGCUGUGUACAUCUACACUUCAGGCACUACAGGGUUACCCAAGGCUGCGGUGGUGAGCCACCAGAGACUGUGGGCCAUGUCCAGCCUGCAGUCCACUGUGGGCGUGUGCUCUGAUGACGUGGUCUACAUCAACCUGCCCCUCUACCACACGGCUGGCUUCGCCCUCGGGUUCACCGGUGCCAUCGAACGAGGGGCGAGCCUGGCGCUCCGGAGUAAAUUCUCUGCUUCACAGUUCUGGGAAGACUGCAGGAAAUACAACGUGACUGUCAUGCAGUACAUUGGAGAAACAAUGCGAUACCUCUGCAACACACCAAAGACGCCCAUGGAUCCCGUGCAUAAUGUGAGGAUCGCCUUUGGGAACGGCCUGAGAGGGGAUGUGUGGAGGGCGUUCCUGCAGCGCUUCGGUCACGUGGAGAUCAGAGAGCUGUACGCCGCCACCGAGGGAAACAUGAGCUUCAUCAACUACACUGGGAAGAUCGGCGCAGUCGGCCGAAUCAACCCACUGCACAAGAGGAUCUUCCCAUUCGCACUGAUUCAGUAUGACCUGGAGACUGAUGAGCCAAUCAGGACCUCAGAGGGCUUGUGCACAGAGAUACCUAAAGGUGAGACUGGACUGCUAGUGUCCCGUAUAACACAGAAGGCUCCUUUUGCCGGGUAUGCCAGGGACCUAAAGCAGACCGAGAAGAAGAAGUUGCAUGACGUGUGUGAGAAAGGAGAUGUGUACUUCAACAGCGGAGAUCUGCUGAGGAUUGAUCAGGAAAACUUCCUCUACUUCCAGGAUCGUGUUGGAGACACAUUCAGAUGGAAGGGAGAGAACGUGGCCACUAAUGAGGUCUCUGACAUCAUCACUAUGGUGUCCUCCAUCACAGAGGCCAACGUGUACGGCGUCAAAGUACCAGGGAAUGAGGGUCGGGUGGGAAUGGCGGCAGUCACUCUGCAGAGGGGAGAGGCGUUCGACAGCAGCGGCGUGUUCCGUCACGUGUGCACCUACCUGCCGGCCUACGCCAGACCUCGCUUCAUCAGGAUCCAGAGCUCUCUAAAAGUUACCGGAACCUUCAAGCAGAUGAAGGUGAAGCUGGUGGAGGAGGGCUUCAGUGUGGACGCGGUGCAGGAUCCACUCUUCUUCCUGGACGAGCGAAAGAAGUGCUACAGCCCACUCACAAGAGAUGUGUACAACGCCAUCUUACAGGGCUCUGUAAAACUCUAACUGUGAUUUCAGCACUGUUUCAGCCGUCUGACUGUAUGGCUGCACAGAUGCAACUCGUAACUGGACUUUAGGGUACUUGUGGAUGUUAAUGUUAUCUCAAAAGGACGUGUAUUGCAUUCAGUGAUGGGGAAACUGCAUUUUUAAUGCAAAAUGAUUUUGAAAAGUUGUGUUUUUAUUUGUUUGAGAGAGAGAGAGAGAGAGAGAGAGAAAAAAAAAGCUAGAAUUGUACCUUAUUUCAUUUAUGAAAUUGUCCAAUUGUUUGUUUGUUGGAAUUCUGCCUGCAACUAAACCUGUGCCACAGAGUUUCUGGUCAAAAAUAAACUUCUGAUUCAGUCGACAAACAGAGCAACAAAGUUGCCAA